AUGUCAUCGGACGAGAUCGUUUGGCAGGUGAUCAACCAGCAAUUCUGCUCGUUCAAGUUAAAGCUAAGCAGCAAAGACCAGACGUUCUGUCGCAAUGAGUACAACCUGACGGGGUUCUGCAACCGGCAGUCCUGCCCGUUGGCCAAUUCCCGCUACGCCACCGUCCGCCCAGACCCCCAGACGGGCGCGCUGUGCCUCUUCAUCAAGACCCCCGAGCGCAACCACCUGCCAUCGAAGUGGUGGGAAAAGAUCCGGCUGCCCAACAACUACGAAAAGGCACUCUUGGCCCUCGACGAGAAACUGCAAUACUGGCCGAAAUUCUACAUCCACAAAUGCAAACAGAGGCUGACGAGGUUGACCCAAGUCAAGAUCCGCGAGAGGAACAUUGCAAAGGAGGAAGUGAGGCUGGGUGAGAAGAACGUCCCCCGAUUGGCUCCCAAGAUUCGGCGGAGGGAGGAGACCAGGGAGCGGAAAGCGGAGAGCGCGGCCAAAGUGGAGAGGGAGAUUGAAAGGGAACUCAUGGAGCGGUUGACCAGCGGCGCGUACGGGGACCGGCCGCUCAAUAUUGAAGAGGGGCUGUGGAGAAAAGUGCUGAGAGGUCUUGAGAGGAAGGAGAAGGGUGAGGAGGUGCUGGAUGACGAGGAGUUGGAAGAGGAGGACGAGAAUGAGGAGGAAGUCGAGGCGGAGGUGGAAUACGUUUCCGAUCUAGAGGAGAGCGAGGAUGAAUUGGAAAGGGAGAUGGAGGACUUUGACGACUGGCUCGGUGGAGAGAGUCCGGAUGAAGAAGACGAAGACCUCACGGAAGAGUCUGGCGAGGGUGAAGAUCAAAGCGAAGACAGCGACGAGGAUGAAAGUGGGGAAGAUGCAUCGGGCAAGAAGAGGAAGCGGCCUACAAGGCAACCGCCUAAGCCACAGAAGAAGCCUCGUGGUCGUGUGGAGAUUGAGUAUGAGACCGAGCUGCCAUUGAAAGAGACGGUGUUGGCUUAG